UUUGUUGGGCGUUGCUAGAAUCAGCCGAAGUGGGCGCUGUAGAUUUUCGUCAUGGGAGCCAGGAGGCGCACUGCCUAAUGUCUGUAGCUUCUCGCUGAUUAAGAUGGCGGCGGCCUGGGCUGCGGCUGAGGCGCGGAGCCAGAGCUUGUGAUUGUGGAUUGCUAAGCCGCAGCCCGGCUGUGACUGGGAACUUCAUUAUCUUGGGCGAGUCGGAGAGGUGGGGAAUCUUUUCUGACUUGGGGGAACCUGACAUCAACCUGUAAGUAACGAGAGGGAUGUGCCUUGGGCCAUCCCGGUGGGGGCGGCUGCAGUGGUGGCGAGGCAGCUUACUAAAGGCCGGUGAUGGGCCAGCAGGUAGGCCGCGUCGGAGGUGAAGCACCUGGUGCUCAACAGCCGCACAGAAGCGGCAGAAGCAGCGGGACUAAGCCAAGCAGCCACGUGGGAAGUAUAGCAGGAACCGGCGGCCGAAGGAGAGAAGCGACCGGCAGAAACAACCCAGAGGCUGGAUUUAACAUUUUUACACAGCACGAAGCACUACAUCGUCCUUAUGGCAGUGACUCUGAACCACAGGCUCUUACUGAUGCCAUCCGCUGGAGUUCCAAGGAGAAUCUUCUGGGAGCCACAGAAAGUGAUCCCAAUCUCUUUCUUGCCCUUUAUGAUUUUGUUGCCAGUGGUGACAACACACUAAGCAUCACUAAAGGAGAAAAGCUUCGUGUUCUGUGUUACAACCAGAAUGGGGAAUGGUGUGAGGUGUUUUCUAAGAAUGGGCAGGGUUGGGUGCCCAGCAAUUACAUAACUCCUGUCAACAGCCUGGAAAAACAUUCAUGGUAUCAUGGACCUGUGUCUCGUAGCGCAGCAGAGUACCUGCUCAGCAGCCUUAUCAACGGUAGUUUCCUGGUGCGUGAAAGUGAGAGUAGUCCUGGUCAGCUCUCCAUAUCCCUGCGCUACGAGGGCCGCGUUUAUCACUACCGCAUCAAUACAGCUUCUGAUGGGAAGGUCUACGUUACAGCGGAGAGUCGAUUCAACACAUUAGCUGAACUAGUUCACCAUCAUUCUACUGUGGCUGAUGGCCUUGUUACAAUUCUGCACUACCCGGCACCAAAAUGCAACAAGCCCACAGUUUAUGGAGUGUCCCCUAUCCAUGAUAAAUGGGAAAUGGAGCGUACUGAUAUCACCAUGAAGCACAAGUUGGGCGGAGGCCAGUAUGGAGAAGUGUAUGUUGGUGUCUGGAAAAAAUACAACCUUACAGUAGCUGUCAAAACACUUAAGGAAGACACUAUGGAAGUGGAGGAAUUUCUGAAGGAGGCAGCAGUAAUGAAGGAAAUCAAGCACCCUAACCUAGUUCAGCUUCUGGGUGUUUGCACACUGGAACCCCCAUUUUACAUUGUAACUGAAUAUAUGCACUAUGGAAACCUUCUCGACUAUUUGCGUGAAUGUAAUAGGGAAGAGGUGACUGCUGUUGUGCUGCUUUAUAUGGCCACUCAGAUCUCAUCAGCCAUGGAAUAUCUGGAAAGAAAGAAUUUUAUUCAUCGUGAUUUGGCUGCACGAAAUUGCCUUGUGGGGGAAAAUCAUGUGGUAAAAGUUGCUGACUUUGGGCUGAGCCGCCUUAUGACUGGCGAUACGUAUACAGCACAUGCUGGUGCUAAAUUUCCAAUUAAAUGGACUGCUCCAGAAAGUUUGGCAUAUAACACUUUCUCCAUAAAAUCAGAUGUUUGGGCUUUUGGAGUACUUCUAUGGGAAAUUGCAACCUAUGGAAUGUCCCCCUACCCUGGUAUAGACCUUUCACAAGUGUAUGACUUGUUGGAGAAGGGAUAUCGCAUGGAACAACCAGAAGGGUGUCCUCCCAAAGUGUAUGAGCUCAUGAGAGCAUGCUGGCAGUGGAAUCCAUCAGACAGGCCAUCUUUUUCAGAAACUCAUCAAGCUUUUGAGACCAUGUUUCAUGAUUCAAAUAUUAAUGAGGAGGUAGCUGAAGAGCUAGGACGCACAGCAGUUACUUCAUCAUCAGUGCCAUUUCAUAGCCGCCUACCUAUGCUGCCAUCGAAAUCUCGCACCUUAAAGAAAAAGGCAGAGAACAAGGAGAACAUUGAAGGCACGGGGGAUUCAUCAGAUAACUCCACUUCCAGUUCUACACCAGGAUUGCUUCACGGUUCUCCUGUAGCCAGUGGUUCUCCUGCACUUCCACGUAAACAGAGGGAUAAAUCCCCUAACAGCCUUUUGGGUGACACUAAGGAAACAACCUUCACCCGUGACCGUAAAGGGGGAUUUUUCAGUUCUUUCAUGAAGAAGAAAAGUGCCCCACAGCCUCCAAAACGCAGUAGUUCAUUUAGAGAAAUGGAAAACCAACCUCAUAAAAGGCCAGAGCUGACAGGAGAGCUCCCUUCAUUUCAACAACUUGAUGGUUUAGAUUCCCCUGCAUCCACUGGUUCCCAUAAGUGCUAUGGAGGUGUAUCACAACGUUUUCCAGCAGAAGAUGUUGUAGGAGGACUCGGUGGAGGCUGGACUGGAAUAUCCGGUUUCUUCACUCCACGUCUUAUCAAAAAAACUUUUGGACUGCGAACAGGGAAGUCAGGAAGCAGUGAGGAGCAACCCAAGCCUUUUCCCCGGUCUAAUUCAACCUCUUCUAUGUCUCCUGUGGUAGCUGAACAAGACAGGCUAUCUAUGACUCUGCCCAGAAACUGUCACCGGACUAAGGUCCAGUUAGACCGCACCGCCUCCGUUUCCUCACAGCCUGAAGAGAGCCAACAUAGCCUUCAAAGGACUGGAUUGGAAAUUGUGCCCCCUCAGCCAGUCAGGAACAGGGUAAAACCCAAGAUGCUUCCACGAACUGGCGUCAGUGAGAGAAAUGGCGUUUUGCGAACUGGUGCUGAUGAGAAGUCAUCACCCAACAAACAUACAGGAGGUACUACUUCAGCCUUUUGUACUGCAGCUCACAACCACAAGGUGCCCGUUCUCAUUUCACCUUCACCUAGGAAUGCAUCUAGUGAGGUACAACUGGUUGGAAUGGAUUCCCUGGGUCACACCUUCAAAUUGCUUCAGGAACACGUCCCCCCAACUGGCUCUGAGAGGGAUAGGCCUUCUCAGCGCCGGCUUAAGCCAAAGUGUGCCCCACCACCUCCCCCAAACCUGCGCCUUCUUCAGCCCCCACAAGCUGAAGACACAGCCACUGCUGCACCUACACUACCUUGCCUGGAAAGGACGACCAAGCCUUCUAGGCCUAUGUUACCCCCUCCUCCUUCUGUUAAUCAAACAGGAAAACUCUCAAAUGGAGCAGCUGGGGUUGGUAGGAGUGUGCUGAGGAAGCCAAAGCAGCCAGCUGAGAGAGUUCCAGCUGAGAAAAUAAGCAAAGAGGCUCUUCUUCAAUGUGCAGGGUUGCUAUCCAAUGCUCUGGCCUUACCCCAACCUAAUAGUCAACUUGUAGAUACAGGCCAUCAACUUCUGGACUACUGUACAGGAUAUGUGGACUCUAUUCCUCAAACAAGAAAUAAAUUUGCUUUCCGCGAGGCUGUCAGUCGACUGGAGGUGAGCUUACAGGAACUGCAGGUGUCUUCAGCUGGUGGUGGGGGUUCCUCCACAGCUCCCCCUGGUGCAAAAUCUGUACUUAAUCAUUUACUAUCGUGUGUCCAGGAAAUCAGUGAUGUGGUGCAGAGGUAGCUACUGAUAUUUAUGCUGAAAAAUAUGAACUCCUAACCCCAGCUUCAUAAAAUAGCAUCCUCCCACUAUGAAAUACACUGCAGUGAGUAGUAACCUCAGCGCUGGACUGGCCUGUAAAGGGGCUUUGGCCUCCCCAUCACUAUGGUUUUUAACAUGUCAGUUCUGCUGGAAAAUAUAGGCAACUAAUGUGUUCCAGCAGUAAAUAUUUUGACAAAUUGAUAUCCAGUUAAAAAAAAUGUUGUUUCCUUUCCAUAUCUUCCCAUCCCAUCUCAGGUUUUUUUUUUGUUUUUAGACAUAUAUGUAUAUUAUAUAUUUUUAAAUGGAUAUUUCUUUUCUCCCUACUGUUUGGGUCCAAAUAGGAUAUUGGAAUGUUCUUUAUUUGAAAAACAUUUCUCUGUCUAGAUAGUGCCAGGAAUGAGUGGUGGGUUGGUCUGGUGUCCUUUAAAGUAAAGAUUUGAGGCAAGAAGAGGAUUUCCCUGUAUGAGACAGAAAACAGUGUGUUUUUAUCAUUAUACCUCAUUUUGCCUCUGAUGCUCUUUUGCACCAUGUUUAUUGGAUCUCAAGAAUAACAGCCCUUUUUUGCAGUGAAA